GCCGGCUAAUAUCUGUGCGUGUUUAGUCUGGCCUACGUGUUUACUGUCAACGUAGAAGGCCGAGAGAAAUGAAACGUUGAGAAAAGAUUCAGAGGAUCUAAAGUACAGAGAUUUUUGCGAAUAUCUAAAAAAAAAAAAAAAACUGAGAGCAUGACGAACGUGUACUCAUUCGACGGCAUACUGGUGUUCGGGCUCCUGUUCAUCUGCACCUGUGCCUACCUAAAGAAAGUACCUCGCCUGAAGAAUUGGCUACUUUCGGAGAAGAAAGGGGUUUGGGGCGUUUUCUAUAAAGCUGCAGUAAUUGGGACGAGACUUCAUCUUGGUGUGGCAUUCUCCUGCUUUGCCAUGGCCUUUUAUGUUCUGUUCAUAAAAUGACAGGCAAUAUUACAUUUGGAUGCAAUGAACGGUACCUUACACAUGCCCAAGGACUUGCGUGUACAGCGAAGGCCGCCCUCUACUGGCCAGGAAGUCCAGACACUUUUUACCAUCUGGUGUUUUUCCCAGCUACCAAGCAAAGACCUACACUACAAGAGAACUGAAUUCUGCAGUAUGUUCUCGGUACGCUAAUACUGCAAGUGACAUGUUAUGUAAUUUGUAGCAGUUAUUGUGAAGGAAGGAAAAGUGCAAAAUUAUUUUGGCCGGAGAUUUUUGUAUUUGCAUUUGACUGUUUGAAAAGAAGCGGGUAAAAGAUUUUUUUUAAAUGUAUGUUAUAGUUGGGUCACAUGGAAAUUAUUCAGGCUGUUUAGGUUAUUUAGAACAGGGGUAUGUAAACCUCAAAGUGUGCUGUUUUUCAUUUACCCAAGCAAUUGGGAAUUCGACCGAGAAAUUAUCUUUCAUACAGUUUAUUCAUGCCUCCUUUUUUAGUUGCUAAUAGUUACAAUAAAUAUACCCCUCUUUGCCCCAUAACACCCAUGUUUAACGUUGUAGACUGUACUCCACCAUGCCUGUCUCCCCUCCACUCCAGGGGUGUUUGGGUUAGCCGAGAGGGAAUAGUCCAUUUAGGGCCUUUCACAGGGCACAUUCAGUGAAAGCUCUUGUCUUACUGGAAAACUGUUGAUAUAAGCCAGGUCUUGCUAAUGAAUAAAAUAAGAAUGUGUUAAUACUUUUCCUUGCUUUAAGUUCUUGCUGUAGUCUGUGUUAGCUUUUAAGAACAAGUUUGUAAACAUUGUUUUUAAAAGAGUAUAGGCUGCUGUCUAAGAAGAGGGGAAAUGGUUAUAAAAUGUGUUCUGCCCAAUUAGAGUGUAAACAUAAACACUAGUGAUUUCAACUUAUUCCAAAGUUCAUUUUCUGUAUGUUACAAAUGUCUGAUUAUAUAAAUUUAUUUAAGGUUUUAUGGUGAAAUAAAUGCUAAAAUUGAAGAUGAAUUUUUUAAGCUUUAAAAUGCAGCAAUUAGUGCCGCAUGGAAUUCUUAAUACCUCGCCUUUUUGAUCUUUUGAGCUGUUAUAACCCCUUUGGAAAUUAAUUGCAUAAAUAUAUAGAGAUAUUGAAGCAUAAUAUAGAUUUAAGUAAAUUUGAAAGUCUGUUAAAAUGUCCAAGGCUGUCUGAUAUUACUCACAUGUAUGUAAGCAUCUGUGGAUUGGCAUUUUUAUAAGUCAGUGUUGUCACAUUUAAAAGGGGGCCGAGGUGGGGAGAAACUUUAUAGUUGGUGCUCAUACUGGAUAGAGGGAAAAUUCUUCAGGCUGCGGAGGAGAAGCAGGGAGGGGCUGAUUCCUGCUGGAGACUGAGGCUCCGAUUUGGCCCUUCUUUGCAUGUUACUCCUGUUUGGCACCAAGUGGCAUGUAAGUUCUCAGCUUUUGCACCAGUCCACAAUUUAUGCUAAAAUUCUAACCAAUUCAGUUUCACUGUGUGUUAAAUUUAAUUAACAUUGUUUCACAUUUAAUUAAAACUUGUAUUUUGUAGACCUGAGAAAUUGGUCAGGUCUCUUAGGGCAUGAUUUGCCAAACUUUGUUAUACUUUUUUCCUCCUUAUUAGUAUAUGGGGGAGGAUUUAAAAUAAAUCAUUAACCUUUGAUUUGUCUUUUGUUGGUGUUUUAGUUCUUUACUUUUUUCCCCCUAGGGAAAAAUUUGUAUCUGGACUGGUACAAAAGCUGGGCAGAUCAGGAUCUUAGUGUGCAAGUCAAACACAGUUGUGAGUGAACCGGAAGAACUCAAGCUGUCUGGAGCCUCUAGGAAUCAUGGAUUCAAAUACAAGGUCAACGGAAUAGGGGACAGGGAGAGAGAAUAUUAUGGCUUAAAUAUGCUGCUGAUGGUCCAGCUUCACCAUCCAAUGACUGUAAACAGAGACAAACAGGAUUUUACUCCCUUUCUUGAUAUGAGAAGCAUUUUGCAGGGGGAGGCUUCAGUGCUGGAGAAAUUGGUUUACAGAGAGGAAUCAAACCAUCACAAGCACCUGCAUAUGACACAAUUGUUUAUUGGUUAUUUACAGUGCAUGUGGAAUUAAUUAUAAAUAUGGCAUUUGAGAGUCUAACAGCUAGAUGACAACCUCAAAGUUCACAUGUUCUUUCAUCUUAUGUUUCACAGCUGAAUACCUUGGAAAACACAAUGAAUUACAUGAUUUAUUAUUGGGAUUGUUUAUUGAUCUUUCCUUUGAUGGUCUGGUUCCUGUUUGUGUUCUAUAUUUUCAAAUAAACUGUCAUUCUUUUUAGCA